CAAAAAAUUCAAACCUGCGGGACCUGGAGGGAUGGAUGCAGUGAGCAGCGCGAACGACGAGGUCUUUCGGCGACACAAGAACUACUUCGCGCAGUACAUUGAGUCCGAUGAAUCGAACCUUCCAGACAAGAUUCGAUCCCUCGCGGAAACGGAGGGCGGUGCCAAGCGGCUCAUGAUCGACCUCAAUGUCCUGCGUGUCUACGAUGGUUUCUUCACGAAUGGGAAUGACGAGGCCAAUAUUGUGACCAGGUUACUGCAGCAGCCUUCCGAAUACUUACCUCCUCUGGAGGAUGCUGUCAGGGAUGCCGUGGUAAAUGCCCAGAACUCGUACAACCCGAAAGCAGCAGUAAAUGUUGACGUGAGUCAAGUCGAAGUGGGCCUUGAAGGGGAUUUCGGGGCUCACUUCAUGACUCCCCGUGGUCUCGUUGCGUCAUUUCUGUCCCAAUGUGUCUGUGUUCAUGGUAUCGUAACCAAGUGCUCCGCCGUCCGCCCCAAAGUCGUCAAGUCGGUCCAUUACUGCAAGGAAACCAACUCGAUGAUGUCUCGCGAGUACCGCGACCACACAUCUCUCACAGGGGCUCCCACCACAAGCGUAUAUCCAACCAAAGACGAGAACGGAAACCUGCUCGAGACUGAGUUUGGUUUGUGCCAGUACAAGGACUAUCAGGUACUUACCAUCCAAGAAACACCAGAGACCGCUCCCCUUGGGCAGCUUCCGCGGUCGUGCGAUGUGAUGGUGGAAGCCGAUCUAGUCGAUAAAUGCAAGCCCGGAGAUCGCAUCCACGUUAUCGGUGUCUUUCGAGCGAUUGCAUCUCAAACUGCGGCGUCCUCGUCAGGUGUGUUCAAGACCGUGCUGCUGGCCAACAACAUCCAGGUUUUGGGCAAGGAAGUUCACGGGAUAGUCAUGACGACGGAGGACGUCAUGCACGUGCGCGAGUUCGCCAAGCGAAGCGAUGCCAUGGAGAUUUUGUCGCGGUCCAUGGCUCCGUCGAUCUUUGGCCAUUCUGCCAUUAAGCAAGCGCUGCUCCUUCAACUGCUCGGUGGCGUUGAGAAGAACUUGGAGAAUGGAACGCAUCUCCGUGGAGACAUCAACGUGCUUAUGGUGGGCGAUCCAUCCACGGCUAAGUCACAGCUGCUUCGAUUCGUGCGGAACUUGGCGCCGUUGGCUGUCAGCACAACCGGUCGAGGCUCGAGUGGAGUGGGUCUCACUGCCGCAGUCACGCUCGACCCCGACACAAAGGAGAAACGACUAGAAGCUGGCGCGAUGGUCUUGGCCGACCGAGGCAUCGUGUGCAUUGACGAAUUUGACAAAAUGGGCGAAGCUGACCGCGUCGCGAUUCACGAAGUCAUGGAGCAGCAAACCGUCACGAUUGCCAAGGCUGGCAUCCAUGCCACGUUGAACGCCCGAUGCAGUGUUCUGGCUGCGGCGAACCCGGUGUACGGCCAGUACCAGAAGAACAAGCGGCCACAGGAGAACAUUGGGCUGCCCGACUCGCUCCUGAGUCGUUUCGAUCUGCUCUUUGUUGUGCUGGACUCGCUCGAUCGACAUGCCGAUCGGAUGAUCAGUGACCACGUCCUAAGGAACCACAGAUAUGUUGUCGCUGGGGAGGAAGGCCGACCGAUCUCGUUCAACACGACCGAGAUUUGGGCAGACAAAGAGACCACCACAACGGAAGCCACGUCAAUCUUCCAGCCCUAUGACCCGCUGCUGCACCCCAAUUCGAACAAGGAAAGUGUUCUGACCGUGCCCUUCCUCAAGAAAUUUAUUCAUUACGCCAAGACCCGACUUCCUCCCGUUUUGACCGAGCCAGCUCGCGACCUUAUCUCGGAAGGAUACGCCGCCCUUCGUAGCCAGCAAACCCAGCGAACGCUGCCAGUGACCGCACGUACGCUGGAAACCCUCAUUCGUUUAGCGUCUGCCCAUGCCAAAGCUCGGUUGAGCAAGUACAUUGAGCUGGCAGAUGCGACGCAAGCUCUCAACCUCAUGAAGUACGCGCUGUACCAUGAAGUGUCGUCCGAAGGUGGAGUGUCAUCUGUGCCGGUGGUGGAAGAGGAGCCUGUCGACGAAGAAGAGGCAGCAGUCGAAGAAGCUGUUGAUAUGCCGCAGCCGCCACCUGCCAAGCGCACCAAGGUGUCCCAGGAUGUCGAACCUGUGGAAUCCAACGACAAGAUGAACUUGCGAGAACGAGUGACGGCCUAUUUGAGUCAAAUCACAAGCGACGAGAGCGAGGAGUCAAUGGGCCAGCAAAUUCAUGUCAAGGACUUGUUGGCCGCAGUCAACAAGGGCCUGCGCGGCGCCAAGAAGGCCAACAAGCAGCAACUCGGUGUCGUGCUCAUGGCUCUGGAAGAAGAGAACAAGCUGAUGUACCUGCGAGACGGCGACGACCCGUACAUCGUUCUAGUCUAGAGAAUGUGGUCGAAAUCUGUAUUAAUGCAUUUAUUGUAUCAUGGCACUUCAGACGUCGAAUGACGCUGCGGAGCGUUGAGUGGAGUGUCGAUGCACACAGAAUCGUUCAACGCCACAGUUGCAAUCUCCAUGUACGCUUCCAUAGAAGUAAUCGGCUGGAAGUGAGCCAUUCCACCCGUCUGACUUCCAUCUCCAGUCGGCAUCUUUUUCUCAAAGGCGGCAUCGCAGGUGAACCAACGGCGCCAUGACGCGGCGGUGGCGCUGCAUGUUUCGACUCUAUA